ACAGUCCAGUCACAGAACUCCAGAUCAAUAAACGUCUUGAAGUUUCGUCCAUAUUAAACGACCAUAUUUGGUCCUUAGGAUGGUCUGGUCGGUUUGUUUCAUCGUAGUCUUACGCGCAUGUGUACAACAACGCAGCGAUCAUAAAUUGAAAACAAUUUUAAAUCCAAACAACUAACAAGUAUACAUAAAUACAUAAUUCACACUCUGAGUUAACUCGUAACUUCCUCGUUUACAUGACGUGCACAUCAUUUAUCAAAUGAAUCGUAGGUAUAAUCAGCAACAAGCGUCCAUUAAACAUUUAAACAUUUAAUAGCUAUGUGUGGAAAAAUUAAAACCAUUACUAGAACGGUACGCGCCUCGACAACACGUGAUAAAGUACUUAAAUCCUUCAGUUCGCAGGGUGCAGCGAUAUUAUGGUGUGGAAACGAUACAAUAAAACAAUUCAAUAAAUUUCGACUGGCUACAAAAGCGUUGCUAAUGUCGACUCGCUCAUAAACUAUUUAUGAUGGGCCAGACCACAACAUCAAUUGCAUUGUAUAUUUUCCAAAGUGUGUUUUACUGCAGAGUAAAUUCGAAAUAAAAUUUUGAAAUCAAACGCAAAAUGGUGGAUUUUGACAUCAAGUCGCAACUGGAUCUACUUAACGAAUACUUGGACAGAGAGAUGGAAGCCGUCAAAACCGAGUAUUUCGUCGUCAAACCAAAUGGCAGGGGAAGCGGCGGCAAUCGUCCGGCGCACCAUGUGUUUCAGACGAUCGUCAAUGGAAACGCGUCGACGAGCAGUGCAGAUGGAUCGCCCUACGGCUGUGCUUUGGAUCGUCAGCUGCCGCCAUCCCGACUAUGCUCAUGGGAUGCGUACAGAAGCAACAGCGUGUCAUUUCCACAGACGGCCACCAAGAAAAGGAGCAAAGCCAUAGACAUCAUCGACCCGGAGACCGGCGAAAGAGUACAACUAUGAAUGGAUGUCGAAAAGAAACUUACCUCUGCUUGCCCAAAGCGCGUUUGUAAUCGCGCAUGUCAUUGACUUGUUAUCACAUUUUGCGUUCAAUAAAGAAAAUUAUCAUUUUA